AUGAGCUGCAAGGACAAGCCCAAAAAGUCCAUUUAUUCCGUGGACACCUUGGCGUUCACCGAGUCGCUCGGGCUCCAGACGUUCCGCAAGGAGCAGCGCAAGACGUGGAUGAAGGACGACGACGACCAUCUUUUGCGGCGGCUCGCGGACUUGUACCCCGACGAGUACAAAAGCAACUCGUUGAAGGCCGGCGCCAUCAACUGGGAGCUCGUGUCGCAGGCGUUUGGCGGCGAGCGCAAGGCCAAGGACUGCCGCAAGCGCUGGGCGCUGUCGCUCGAUCCCAAUCUCCGGCGGGGCAAAUGGACCCCGGAGGAGGACGCGCUCCUCGUGCUGCAGUUCGAGAAGUACGGCGCGCUGUGGCAGCAGGUGGCGCAGGACAUCGCGGGCCGCACGGAGCACCAGUGCCUGAAGCGCUACUACGAGGUGUUGGACCCCAGCGUCAGCAACCGGCUCAAGCUCUGGACCGAGGCCGAGGACUUGAUGCUCAUC